UCGGUGUCGAAAACACAGAUUGCUGGGCCCAAGCGUUUUUAAAAAUCUUCACUUGCUGAUAUUUUUAGAAAAUUGUGAAUGCACAAAGACUGUACAGUCUGGCAAUGGACUCCUGAAUAGAUGAUCACCGACUGAACAGGAGGAUUAUCCCAAUAAGAGGUGAAGAAUUUGUAUUAGAUUCGAUUGAGUGCGCUGGCGGGCAUGUGUUCCACCUCGGUGCUGUGUCCGCUGUGUGCGGUGCCCAGUUUUGGCAGUAUUGAUGCACUGCAGCAGAGGCUGAUCAAGGCGGCGAACGGUCCACUUGCCUGUCCCUUUGCCAACUGCAAGGAGCUCUUCCUGGGGCUGGACAAGCUCACCAUCCACCUGUUCUCGCACACCAGUCUGAUGGCUCAGGAGGGAAACGGGAGUCCAGCGAAUGGCCAACCCGCUUCCCCCUGCGUCUUCGUUGCCGCAGCUGCUCCCAAACGGAAGGCAAAGCGAACAAAGUGCAAGCCCGUCGUCCCACCCCCACAGUCGGUUCCGCCCCCUCUUCCCGCCCACUGUGACAUUUGCGAAUUCGGUUUCCGGAAUAGCGAGCUAAGGGACAUGCACAUCCGCCUAGUCCACGAAAACGCGGAGGGACUUCCGAAACAAAAGGAGUCCCAACAGAAGGAGCUGGACCAGGAGCCCUACAAAUGUCAUCUCUGCUCCAAGACGUUCCGCAUGAAGGGCUCCCUUCGAAUUCAUCUAAAGGUAGUGCACAUGAUGGGGGUGCCCUGCUCCAAUCCCAGUCCCGCCCCCACCACCAUUGCAGUUUCGCCCAAGCUGAGCAUUUGCGAUCGCAUUCGACACACAGAGCCUGGAGCCCUCGGCAACGGAAACAACUCCUUGUGCACCACAUCCCAGCCAUAUGCUCUGAGUGGGGCGCUGAGCAUGCUCCAGCAGUCCCCCAGUUCGCCGGAGUCGGGCACGGUCACCCCGAAGCUGUGGGAGUGCGACGUGUGCAGCAAGUCCUUCACCACCAAAUACUUUCUAAAGAAGCACAAGCGGCUUCACACCGGCGAGAUGCCGUACACGUGCGAAAUCUGCGCCAGGACCUUCACUUUCCAGCAGUCGUACCACAAGCAUUUGCUCUACCACAGCGAGGUAAAGCCUCAUGUCUGCGGGGUUUGUGGACGCGCCUUUAAGGAACUGUCUACUCUGCAUAACCACCAAAGGAUUCACAGCGGCGAAAAGCCCUUCAAAUGCGAAGUCUGCGGCAAGUGUUUCCGGCAGCGUGUGUCCUUCCUUGUCCACACGCGCAUCCACACGGGAGUGAUGCCCUACAAGUGCGAGCUCUGCCAGAAGACGUUCAGGUACAAGGUUAGUCAAAGGACCCAUCGAUGUCCCACUGAGGAGGCCCAGACACCGGAGCAGCUGAUAGAGGCGUUCCUGGAGGGCAACGACUCCCCCACCCAGCCCUCCCCAGCUAGCGCCGAAAUAACUGCCAUCAACAGCAGCUCGAUUGCAGAUCCGGAACAGGAGGCACUGCUCUCGCAAUCAAUCGACGACAUUGUGGUGGAGCAGUGCCAGAAGCUGGGCAUCUGUAGUGUGGAGCCAAGAAAGGAGGGGCAGCUCAUACCCCUACAGCCGGUUGCGGUUGUACAAUUUAGCGGGAACGGCUCUCCGCUGCAGCAACUCCAAAACUUGAGAAUCUACUCGCCGCAACAAACGGAGCUACCCAGUUCCGAUGGCGAAGUUUUUCAACGCUUUUUGAUGGACGCCACGUAGGUGGAAGAUAUA